AUGGCACCAGCUAUCACUGUCACUAAAGUGUUGACAAAACAAAAAAUGCUUUAUAACAACUACAGUCCUAAGGAACAUGAUGCAAAAGACUGCAUAACCAACGGUUUUGAACCACACAAAACUAUAGAUUAUUAUGAUGAAGCGCUACCGAAAAAUGAUCCAAAAUUUCUUGCACCCGUAAGGAGAUGGGAAAAGCGUGUGGGUUUCUUGACCCCACUGCGAUGGAUUAACAUUAUAGUUAUAUCGUUAUUUCAUAUAAUAACUUUGGCAUACUGUGUACACCUAUUAUUAUCGGGUGCACUACCUAAGUGGCAGACCGUUCUAUUCGAAACCUUUCUUGGAGGUGUGAGCGGGUUUGGCGUAACUGCAGGCGCUCAUCGGUACUGGACGCACCGAUCAUUCAAAGCUACUACUCCACUUAAAAUCAUAUUCAUGCUCUGUUUUGCCUUAUCGGGUCAGAACAAUAUGUUUAAUUGGGUGAGAGACCAUCGCGUCCAUCACAAAAGGUCUGAGACGAUAGCGGACCCGCACGAUGCGCGACGAGGAUUCUUUUUCGCCCAUGUCGGCUGGCUUUUGAUGAAAAAACACCCCCUUGUCGUCAAAGAAGGAAAUCAACUUGACAUGAGUGACAUUCUCAACGAUCCAGUGGUCCAGUUUCAUUCUAAAUACUUCUACUUUUUUAAACUAACGAUGUGUAUUAUCCUACCUACUAUACUUAAAGUGCUAUUAUGGAAUGAAAUCUGGAAGUUCGCCAUAGCAACUACGUUUUUCCGAUACCUAUUAAGCGUCAACUUCACGUGGUCUGUGAACAGCUUUGCACAUCUCUGGGGAAACAAGCCCUAUGAUAAAAAUAUAAUGCCCGUUGAAAGUUGGAAAGUGUCAUUUUUUGCAAUGGGAGAAGGCUGGCACAACUAUCACCACACCUUUCCAUGGGACUACAAAGCGGCGGAGCUCUCUUAUUUUCUGAACGUUACUACGAUGUACAUAGACUUGUUUGCAGCCCUGGGAUGGGCAUAUGACUUGAAGAAGGCAUCGCCAUCUCUUAUCGAUGCUAUUGUAAAGAAAAAAGGACAGAAAAUUUAUUAAAUAAGAAAUGUUUAAAAUGUGAAUAUGGAAUUGUUAAUUUUCAACAUUGAUUUUUGUUAUGUAGCUAUCUUCUUUAUGGGUGAUAUGGUUAUUACCUAUGGUAAA